UUGACUUUCGAGAGCUUUCCAGUUUUAAGCCACAUCAAGUUUCAUAUUAAAUUGCACGCAAUGCUGCAGCAGACUUAACUUUUCUUAACUUUAUUAAAACAAAGCAUCACGAAUCGGGUUAAGUAAAGGCAGCCAUGGCACAAUUUUCUAGGCAAUAUAAAGUAAAUAUAUAUUUUAUGUCCAGGCAGACGUUUUGGCUUAGUGGAGCAGGCAAACAGCGUGUCUAACUGGCAAAAUAUUUAAAUGGCCAAACCAGCUUAGCUGAGGUUUCGAUAUCCUUCGACUUGUCUUCAAGGACAGACGGUUGGUUGCCCAAGUGUGCCUUAACCUAGGUUAUAAAUAGUCGGGCGUGCUGCCUAGACAACCGACCCAUCAUCCGUGUUUCCUUUAGUGCCUGGCACGGAUCCUGGCAGCCAAUUCGGCGGUUAAACGGUUUGGCCAGGACUGGAGACCGAUUCAGUAACGUGGCGUUUGCUGAACGCAACGCUACUUCCGUUCCCCCAGUUCACUUAAUUUUUAGUAGAGAUAAAUGCUAUAGCAGAUAUAGCAAUGACGACCAGCGAUGAGAUGGGAAUGGGUGGCAACUUCUGCCACGACCACAUUCAGCAUCCUUUGAUGUGGUGCGACGAGAAGAAGCGUCUUGUAGAACGCAAAAAUGCGGAAGAGAGUCUUCGGAUGUGGAGGCGCAGAAAGGCGGAGGAGUGUGCUCGCAAGGAGAAGGAUAAACAGGAGUACUACGACCUGUUUCACCAACAUUGUCCUUGGGGCCGACCAGGUGGUGGUGCUCCGAACGUAGAGGUGCGUCGUAAGGACAUCACAGCCGUGGGUCUCCACUCUACACCCACUGUGACCACUGCCCACCGGCUGAAUCUACUACAACCGUGUCGCUACAACGACUUCUUCUCGAUGCAGAAGAAGUGCCACAACAAUCCCCUGGCCGCCUACCAUCACCACCAUCACCAUGCCCCGCCUCCACCUCCCCCGGGAGGCCGUUUGGGCCACGCCCAUUCCGUUCACCACCUGCAGGAAAGUGGUCCGAGGAGCAGCACGGUAACAAUUUGCGAGCGGGAGAUUCCCGCCAAGCCAGGAGCCGGCGUUGGUGUGAACCUGGCCAAAAACGCCAACGGUGAGAGUCUUCACAUCCAGCUGAAAGAGCAUCCUUCAAUGUCAUUUCGCAAUAAAGGCCAUGUGGACAUAGAAUUGAGGUACAAGCCCUCGCCACCUUGCAAAGGCAAGCCACUUCUCGAGAAGAUCGUGGUCAGCGAAAGCGAACAGCGUUGUCCUUUGCAGGAAAAGCUGGCCUCGCAGAAGAAGCGGCUGCAGGCCAAACUGGAAAAGCCGCCUUGCAAGGAUCCCUGGGGCAAGGCGGGUCCGGGCGGCAAACCCUGGCGGAGUCCCAAGGAAGUGGGCAAUACGUUCAUGAAGUCACUGGGGUGGACGAACAAAGAGAUGCUAAAGGAGUUAGAUCAGGACAACCCAGUGACUCCGGCGGAGAAGAACACAUUCCGGAAAUCGCGGACAGGAAAGAAUUCAAAGCCACAGCGCUGCUGUGAGAUGUGCACCUGCAAUUGUCCCGCCAUGAGCCAAAGUCCUCCCAAACCUUCGCCGCUCUCGCUGCCCAUUCCGCCGGGAAAAAAGUGUCCGGGUCCGCCAGGCCCGCCUCCCGGAAAGAUCCUUCACCACCUGAAGCCGCAGGACUGCGGUGGCAAUAAGCCCAUCAAACUGUGUCCCCGAAUGGCAGCCCGAGGACCUUGUCCAGGGAGCACCAGUACCGCCACUCCGGAUGCCAGUACCGCCGGGGGAGGAGGUGGAGGAAAUGGAGGACCCUAUGGCGAGGGCGGUGGCGUGGAGCUGGUUCCCCUGCUCGCCCGCAGGCGUGGCAUGCACCGACCCAUCAGCCUGUCCAGCACGGAUGUGACCAAAAGGACGCCCUCGCAUGAUAGGUACGCAUCCAAGCACAAGCAUACACCCAAGAACUGUCCGCUGACCACCACCACCAAGAUCAAGUGCAUCAACAGCAUCAUCAAGAACAUCAGCCACAUGAAGCGGCUGCCCAAGAAUCUGAGCUGCAAGCUGCAGUGCUGCAGCUGCGAUUGCCCCACGGCCUUGGCCACGGGCUGCUGCCUCAAGCGGCUCACCCUGCACAUUCGCCAGGCUUAAGGCUUAAGGGGCUACACCCAGUUGCAGGGCUUUUUUCGGUAUUUUUGCUUACAAAAACUACUCAAUAGUUUCAAAAGAUCUAUAUAUUUUCCACAAAAAUAUUACCCUGUUUUUUGUAUUACAAAAUGUUGAGUAAAUAAUUCAAAGAUUUAGUUAAAAGCAUUAUAAGACAAGUUUAUAAUCGAAGAUUUAAAAAAAAAAUAUUUGAUUUGACUUUUUAAAAAAUCUUUUUUUGGUUUGAACCAAAAUCAUUUUGUAAAAUUUGAAAGUUGCAAGUGGGGGUAACCCCUUAGGAACCCAAGUUCAUUUGGUCCCAAUCCCGAUCCUUAUCUCUCCCUACAUUCAUAGUCAUUCCCCUUCUCCGUUUCUCAUUUGCUUGCUCUGCGCCAAAUAUUCAAAUUAAAAGCCCACUUUGCCCCUCUGUUUUUCGUUCCCUAUAAUCGUGUCCUGUUUAAUGGUUUCUCUAUACCCCCCACUUCAUCCAGCAAGAAAAUAUCCAUUGUAAUACAAGUGAAAGUAUAGCAACCAAA